UGACAAGCGCCAUUUCCUUUUCAGUGUUUAAAUUAUUGAUAUCUGAAUAUGUUCUAGAAUAUUUAUGUCGUGCGACAAUGGAUUGUGCGGUACGGCAAAAACGAUUUAGAACAAAACAGUGCCUGGGCGACCACAAUGCAAAUACUCAAGAAUAUCACGUGUUAGGACACACAUAUUGCGUCAUAGACAGACUUGGUAAAGUAAAAUGGGUCGUGUCAGUCCUGUCAACCUCUAGGGCGAUCGUGUCUUCAUUGUAAGAUUGCGGGCAAUAUACCAUGGCGUUUCUAUCUCAUGUGUUGUCGGUGGUUGCGGUUAACACAAGCGCUAAUGUAGUGUUCGGAUUGGUGUGCGUGACAGUAACAGCUGUGGUGGCUGGCCUCGUAAGGUGGCACCGAUCGCCGGUCAACCCCUUCUCGGCGGACCAGGCGAGGUCGCCCGAGCCUUUGGUGACGGACCACGCUAGGAGAGACAAAGUCCUGAAACAACGCUUCACUACAAAGAAAGUGCCUGAUGACUUGGAUGCGAUCGUGGUCGGCAGCGGGAUCGGAGGGUUGUGUACAGCUGCGCUCCUUGCCAAGACGGGAAAGAAAGUCUUGGUACUGGAACAACACGACCAAGCCGGAGGAUGUUGUCACACUUACGUGGACAAGGGCUUUGAGUUUGAUGUUGGUAUCCACUACACGGGUAAACAGAACUGUGUGCGGACAUGGCAGAAGGUCCUGAAGGGUGGGACAGUGAACCAGGCUCUGGUACAGCAGAUUACUGAGGGACAGCUACAGUGGGCCGAGCUGGACAAGAGUUUCGAUAUCGUCAUGAUCCAACAUGGCGAGAAGCGACUAGAAGUGCCUAUCAAAUCCAGCAGGGAGGAACACAAGAAAACCCUACUGGAACACUUCCCAAAUGAAGGAAAGGCCAUCGACGAGUUCUUCAGAAUAUGUGAUGUGCACACUGGGACUCUGGACGGCUUCAUCUUCAUGAAGAUCCUUCCACUGUGGCUGGUCAAGCUUCUGAUCGGGACAGGACUGGUCAACAGGCUGACCAGCUUCUUCAGUGUCAUGUCACAAAGCACCAGGGACGUGCUGGACAGCAUCACCGACAACCAGGACCUGAAGGCAGUACUGUCCUACAACUACGGAGACUUUGGCUCUCCACCGAAGGACUCAGGUUUCCUGAUGCAGGGUAUGACAGUGCUGCACUUCCAUGAGGGAGCGUACUACCCGAAGGGCGGGGCCAGCGAGAUAGCCUUCCACAUUAUCCCCGUCAUCGAGAGGGCCGGGGGGGCCGUGCUCGUCGCUGCACCUGUCACUCAAAUUUUGAUUGACAGCGAUGGAAAGGCUUGUGGUGUUCGUGUGCACAAGAGCAGCGGAGAUGUGGACAUUCACGCGCCGGUUGUCGUCUCGGCGGCGGGGGUCUGUAACACGUACCAGAAGCUCGUUCCUCAACCUGUGGUCAGCUCACACGGUUUAGAUGACAUGUUCCACCACGUGAGUCCGGGCCUGGGAGCCUUCAGUGUGUUUGUUGGGCUAACUGGAACCUCACAGGAGCUGGGCUUGAAGGCUCACAAUGCUUGGAUGUUUCCAGGAAAUGACCAUGACAAGUUGAUAGAAGACUACUCCAGACUGACGGUACAGGAGGCUUGUGAGGAGGGAACCAAAACUCCUGUUCUCUUUGUCUCCUUCCCAUCUGCAAAGGACCCCACAUGGAACGCACGCUAUCCUGGAAAGUCGACUUGUAUCAUCAUCUCCUUCACGCCUUACGAGUGGUUUUCUGAGUGGCAGGAAGGGAGAGUGAAGCACCGUGGCGAGGAGUACGAAAGCAUCAAGAACAGACUCGCCCAGAAGAUGUGGAGACAGGUCUGCCAACAGUACCCUCAGCUGCAGGGCAAGGUUGAGUACAUGGACGUGGGCACCCCCCUGUCCAACAACUACUACCUGGGUUCCACACGUGGGGAGAUUUACGGACUCGAUCACACCAGGGAACGCUUCUCUCUGGACAUCCUCACCAAACUCCGGCCUGAUACCCCCAUUCCUGGACUCUAUCUCACAGGACAGGACAUAGUGACAGCUGGCUUCGCUGGUGCGCUGGUGUCGGGGCUGCUGACAGCAGGUGCUGUGUUAAACAGGCAUCUGAUCCUGGACCUCAUCAUUCUGGAGGCUAAAGCCAUGUUCAACAGCAACAACAACAACAAGAAGCUGGAUUAAACAGAGCUAUCUCCAGGAAUUGUCCCUUUUUGCCAGAAAUUUGCUUGAUGGGACAAACAAAAUUUUCACAUCCACCCCAGAAAUUUGAACUUAAUGACUGGAAAUCAAUGAAAAUGCAUUUUUCCUAAAAUUUUGUCACGGAAAUAAUAACAUAGGCUCCCAAAAUACAGGGAGACACAGAAUUUUAAAGCUGGAGACAGCCCUGAGCUGUAGUACCACCUCAUUCUGAUAGGUGGCGUUAGGGACACAUGAGAACAUCCCAGCAGCCUGGAAUCCAUGCUACUCUAGGUCCGGUUCGUUCAACGAUCGCAAGAAAAGUCUGGCCCCCCUAAUGCCCAUUCUAGAUGUAUGAUCCUUACAUCCUAAAUUAUCUCGGGGAGCAAAUAUUUCUCAGAGUGUAACUUCCAAAUUCUUGUUUUAAUCCUUGUAAUAUGCCAUUAUAUGAGGACCGUAUGAAUUGCAGCCAAUCAGAAGUCUCGCCUGUAUUGUAGGCUAAUAUUCAAAUGCCAAUUGUUUUUCUAUUAACAGAUGGCAUAUUAUACUACAGAGAAGCAAUAAGAGGAGCGAACGAAGCUAGGAUAUUACAGGGUAUUACCACAAAAAACUUGUACAUUGUAUACACGAAGAAAGUUGGAAACAGCAAUGCACUGCAAUGCAAAACUGUGUAAUAGUAAAUGUGUGUGACAUUAUAAGUAACAUGUGUAUGAAUACUGUAGAUUCAUUUAUUUUUGUGGGGAUUUAAUUCCAAGUACAUAGAACGGAAUUUUUUGCUGUUUUGUUUGAGGUGCAUUUGGUAGCAAAAGAAUACUGUCGCGAUUUUGUGCUAGAACACUGUAAUAAUUGAAAAGAAAGCCACCACAAAAAAGGCAAGAUCUACAGUAGUAAAUGGAAAUGAUGCACUUUUUUUUAGUUCAAUAGCAAUUUCUUUCCCAUUUUCCAAUUGUUGUGCCAAAUGCCUAAGUGCAGUUUUUUUCUGAUGCCAAAAGAAAAAUGUACUUUCCUGCAGGGCAUUUUUGCACAAUUAAGUGUGCAUAUUAAAGUAAAAAAAAGAAUUUCUGAUGAAAAUUGAUGUGUAGAUGUCGUCCAUACACUACUUAACAGUUACUGUGUCCAUUAUACUGCAAUUUCACCUCACAAUAAAAUCAGUUCUUUCAU